UUCUUUCUCCAUAUUAGGCGCGCACACACACUCAUCGUGCUCUCCGCCACUUCUCUAUUUCAUUCUUUCAGAUCUAUUCCCCUCUCUCUCUCUCUUUCUUUCCUUCCAUUCAUCAAUGGCUUCUAUUACAGGCUCAUCAGCUACCACCAUGUCCUGCUCAUUCAACCUAAAUCAGGCACUUAACCGUGUCUCGAGUUUGAAGACAUCCUCUCUUUCUUUCAAGGGUAUAAGCUACUCUUCCAUCAGAUUGAAUCCAGCCACUCGUCGCCUCAGUAUUACUUGUGUGGCUAAGCCAGAGACAGUCAACAAAGUGUGUGACAUCGUGAAGAAACAACUGGCUCUUUCUGCUGAUACUGAAGUCUCUGGAGAGUCAAAGUUUGCUGCGCUUGGUGCUGAUUCUCUUGAUACGGUGGAGAUUGUCAUGGGACUUGAGGAAGAGUUUGGUAUCUCCGUGGAAGAAGACAGUGCUCAGAGUAUUGCAACAGUUCAAGAUGCUGCAGACCUGAUUGAGGAUCUAAUUUCAAACAAAGCUUGAGACUGAACUGAACUUUAGAACCUCAGUCCUCAGCUAGUUUGCUUAUUAGGGUAUCUCAUUUUAAUUGUCUUUUACAGUUCAAGAUGAUGCAGUACGCAAUAUUGAACUUCGUCUAGUUAAAAGAACUGUUUCAUCAGAGAGGAAAUGCUCAAGAACCGUCUUGUUUCAUUUUUCAUCGAACCCUGCAAUUAAAUCUAAAGAUAUACAUAUAUAUCUAUUUGGUUAUUCCAUUA